UUGCUUUAGCAAGGUGGUUUCACAGAGCCGCUUCCUGCCAUGCCAUCCAACAGUCCUGCUGCCACCGAGCCGCCUCAGACACCGGAGAACGACACAUCUAAUGAUCUGAGCGAAAAUGGAGCAGAUCAGGACAGUCCAGAGGAGGGGACGCCAGCGAGCCCCCGAAACAAACGAAGAGUUGGUCGCCCUAGCAGGAAAAGCAAGCAGCCGCUUCCUGAGAUGGCGACCUCUGACCCCUGUGCAAACGCGCCCCCAACUCCGCCUGAGGACCUCGAGCCCUCCCCUCGCAAGAAGCGUAGGCGCCAGAAAACUGAGCAAGCUGAGAAAAAUAAGGAUGAGCCAGAAACUGACAGAAACUGUGACUCCCCCAGAGAGGUCGAGACUGGGAGGCUCCGAAGGAGGCCUGUCCCCAGAGUGACUUUCCAGGCUGGGGAUCCGUACUAUAUCAGCAGGAGGCAGAAAGAAGAAUGGCUCAGUCGCUGGAAAAUUGAGGCUGAACGACGGGCGUACCGGGAGGCAGAGAUUAACAUGAUGGACGACCUAUCGGAGGCUGACUUUCAAAAAGAGGAGGAGCCAGUUAGCCCAGCCCCUCCCCCUUUACAGCAACACACAGAUCCCGCCUCUCCGACGGUUGCUGUGACGCCGGAGCCGGUUGUCAGGGGAGACCAGGCCAUGCCCAGUGAGAUGGAGUACCAGGAUGGCCGUGGCUUCAGCAUCGGGUCGCUGGUGUUCGGGAAGCUGCGCGGUUUCUCCUGGUGGCCCGGCAGGAUCGUUUCCUGGUGGAUGAGCGGCCGAAGCCGAGCUGCAGACGGCACCCGCUGGGUGAUGUGGUUUGGUGAUGGGAAGUUCUCUGUAGUUUGUGUGGAGAAACUGAUGCCUCUGAGCUCCUUCUCCUCUGCCUUCCACCAGCCAACAUACAACAAGCAGUCCAUGUACCGGAAAGCCAUCUUUGAGGCUCUGCAGGUGGCCAGUGUGAGGGCAGGGAGACCAGUUCCUUCUUGUGAUGCAAGCGAUGAUGCUGAAGCUGUGGAGAUCCAGACCCGACAGAUGAUAGAGUGGGCCAUGACCGGCUUUCUGCCCAAAGGUCCACAAUCACUGGACCCUCAGGAAGAGGAACAAAAUCAAUUUAAGGAGGGAUACCUGGAGAUGUGGCCGGAGCCCGAGGCAGCAUACACACCUCCACCUGCAAAGAAACCACGCAAGAACUCAGCAGAGAAAGCAAAGAUCAGAGAGGUGAUUGACGAAGGCACCAGAGAGAGACUUAUUCAAGAAAUCAAAAAGAAGACCAGGAAUAUAGAAGAUAUCUGCAUCUCCUGUGGAAGCCUCAAUGUCUCUCUGGAGCAUCCUCUCUUCAUAGGAGCAAUGUGUCAGGGCUGCAAAAACUCGUUCCUGGAGUGCGCCUACCAGUACGACGACGACGGCUACCAGUCCUACUGCACCAUCUGCUGUGGGGGGAGGGAAGUGCUGAUGUGCGGCAACAACAACUGCUGUAGAUGUUUUUGUGUGGAGUGUGUGGAUCUGUUGGUCGGAGCCGGCUCAGCUGCAGCAGCCAUUAAAGAGGACCCCUGGAACUGCUACAUGUGCGGACCCCGGAGCGCCUAUGGGUUACUGCGGCGACGGGACGACUGGCCAAUCAGAUUACAGCACUUCUUCGCCAACAACCACGAGCAGGAUUUCGAGCCAGCCAAAUUGUAUCCUCCAGUCGCAGCAGAGAAGAGAAAACCAAUCAGAGUCCUGUCCUUAUUUGAUGGCAUUGCCACAGGUCUGCUGGUGCUGAAAGAUUUGGGCAUCCAGGUGGACAAGUACAUCGCAUCUGAAGUGUGUGAGGACUCCAUCACUGUCGGCAUCGUUCGACACCAUGGGCGCAUCAUGUACGUGGGAGACGUUCGCAACGUCACACGCAAGCAUAUUGAGGAGUGGGGACCAUUUGACCUGGUUAUUGGAGGAAGCCCGUGCAACGACCUCUCCAUCGUCAACCCUGCGAGGAAAGGCCUUUAUGAGGGCACCGGGCGGUUGUUUUUCGAGUUUUACCGCCUCCUGCACGAAGCUCGACCUAAACCGGGUGACGAGCGGCCAUUCUUCUGGUUGUUUGAGAACGUCGUGGCCAUGGGAGUCAGCGACAAACGAGACAUCUCUCGCUUUUUGGAGUGCAACCCAGUGAUGAUCGAUGCUAAGGAAGUCUCCGCCGCCCACCGAGCUCGUUACUUCUGGGGAAACCUGCCCGGCAUGUCCAGACCUCUAACGCCGAUGGCAAACGACAAGCUGGACCUACAGGAGUGCCUCGAGCACGGCCGCACAGCUAAGUUUGAGAAGUUGCGUACGAUAACGACACGCUCCAACUCUGUGAAGCAGGGGAAAGACGAGCAUUUCCCCGUCUACAUGGACAACAAGGAGGACAUCCUCUGGUGCACGGAAAUGGAAAGGGUCUUUGGUUUCCCCGUCCACUACACCGACGUGUCCAACAUGAGUCGUCUGGCCAGGCAAAGGCUGCUGGGACGUUCCUGGAGCGUCCCCGUCAUCAGGCACCUCUUCGCCCCGCUCAAGGAGUACUUUGCCUGCAACUAGUUACACAACAACUCUCUCUCUCACACUGAUUACUACAAACAGGACAGUUAGUACAUGAAGGUUG